UUUUGCUGCUUUGACGCUGGAGACGUUCUGGGUUUCGCCGGAUCAACGAGAUCGACUGUGUUUGGGCGGUGUUUUCGACGCGGGUGGAGAUGGAUGGGUUGACGAUGUCGGACGGAUGCGCCGGUGGGAGCAAUUGGAACGGCCUGCGACAAACCUUCGACGUCCUGUCUCGUUGAUUCGGUCUCUCCAGCACGUCUCCUUGUCGAACAGCGUCUACGAAUGUGCACGUUGAACGGUCAACUAAUAACGUCAUGACAGGCCAAGUCCGCCGCCGUCCAAGCCGCAGGAGGCAAAGCUGCCAAGAAGAAGAAGUGGUCCAAGGGAAAGGUCAAGGACAAGGCCCAGAACAAGGUCAUGCUUGACCAGGCCACCUACGACAAGCUCUUCAAGGAGGUCGGCUCUUACCGUCUCGUUUCCAUCUCUGUCCUCGUCGACCGUCUCAAGAUCAACGGUUCCCUCGCCCGUCGUGCUUUGAAGGAGCUCGAGGAGCAGGGUGUUAUCAAGAAGGUUGACACCCACCACGCUCAGCAGAUCUACACCAGGGCUAUCGCCGCUGCCGAGUAAAUG